UAUCUUUGAAAGCUCCAAAAUCUUUAAUUUUUAAAAGUUAGAUGGUCAUUGGUCAAGGCCGUGUAAGAUGUACAGUACCAUUUCACUCUAAAGACAAAUAAAAAUUUCCCACUUGCCUUGUUUCCUUAUUUUUCAAUUCUUUCUCAUUUUCUUCUAGAUCUUGAUUUUGUAACUGAAACCCAACUCCCAAAAUCCAAUCUUGCUGUUAAAGAUUGGAUUUUUAGGGUCAAAACAUAUGUUAGUACCUUCAAAGUUGCUGUUUUUUCAGUUAAAGAUUGGAUUUUUGGGUCAAAGUAUCUGUUAAUACCUUCAAAGUUUCUGUUUUUAUCAGUUAAGGAUUGGAUUUUUGGGUCAAAACAUCUGUUAAUACCUUCAAAGUUGCUGUUUUUUUUUCAGUUAAAGAUUGGAUUUUUUGGGUAGAUGGGUAUGGCAGGUGUCCAAGAAAAUGGACAUGGGGAAAUGGGUAUGUCAGAUUUUCCAUUGGGGAGCAAGAACAAGUAUAAGAGAAUGGAUUCUGACUUUACAGAUGAUGAUGAUCAAUAUCAGUUGGAAAGGAGGAAGAAGAGUACUAGAAAAUAUGUUUUUGGUUGUGCUGUUUUUGCUUCACUUAACAAUGUCCUCCUUGGUUAUGAUGUAGGUGUCAUGAGUGGAGCAAUCUUAUUCAUUCAACAAGAUUUGAAAAUAACAGAAGUUCAACAAGAAGUUCUUGUUGGUGUUUUGAGCAUAAUUUCACUUAUAGGUAGCUUAGCUGGUGGAAGAACAUCAGAUGCGAUUGGUAGAAAGUGGACGAUGGGGUUCGCUGCUGUUAUUUUUCAAAUAGGUGCAGCUGUAAUGACUGUUGCUCCUUCGUUCGAAAUACUAAUGGUAGGAAGGAUUUUAGCUGGUGUUGGCAUAGGCUUUGGCGUUAUGAUUGCACCCGUCUAUAUAGCUGAGAUAUCACCAACUAUUGCUAGAGGCUCUCUCACAUCAUUUCCUGAGAUUUUCAUAAAUCUAGGAAUUUUACUCGGUUAUGUCUCUAAUUAUGCAUUCUCCGGUCUUUCAGCACAUAUAAGCUGGCGGGUAAUGCUUGCUGUUGGAAUUCUUCCCUCAGUCUUUAUUGGAGUCGCUCUCUUCAUCAUCCCGGAGUCACCAAGGUGGUUGGUUUUGCAGAACCGAGUAGAAGAAGCAAGGUUGGUUCUUCUGAAAACAAAUGAAAAUGAUUCAGAAGUUGAGGAGAGACUAGCCGAGAUACAACAAGCUGCUGGAACCGCAGACACGGACAAACCUGUCUGGCGUGAAUUGUUGAGCCCCUCUCCGGCUCUACGUAGGAUGCUGAUCACAGGUAUUGGAAUUCAAUGUUUCCAACAGAUUACCGGAAUUGAUGCAACUGUUUACUACAGUCCCGCAAUUUUUAAAGCAGCCGGUAUUGAGGAUGAAUCGAAACUUCUGGCUGCUACGGUUGCUGUGGGAGUCAGCAAGACAGCAUUUAUACUAAUAGCCAUCAUUCUCAUUGACAAAGUCGGACGUAAGCCAUUGCUCUAUGUGAGCACAAUUGGUAUGACUACAUGUUUGUUAGGCGUGGGGAUCACUCUACUUUUAAUGAAAGAAGGAUCAAUUAGCAUCACGCUAGCCAUACUAUUCGUUUGUGGGAACGUAGCAUUCUUCUCAGUGGGGAUUGGUCCUGUCUGUUGGGUUUUAACGUCAGAAAUCUUUCCCUUAAGGCUUCGUGCUCAAGCAUCAGGGCUCGGAGCAGUAGGUAAUAGAAUGUGCAGUGGCCUGAUCGCAAUGUCUUUUCUCUCUGUUUCGCGUGCAAUAACAGUUGGUGGAACCUUCCUAAUCUUUUCAGUAAUCUCUGCACUGUCUGUUGCAUUUGUCUAUAAACACGUUCCAGAAACGAAAGGCAAAUCGUUGGAGCAGAUAGAGUUGUUGUUCCAGGAUGAAUACGCAUUUCAAGGAGGUGAAGUGCAACUUGGAGAUGUUGAACAUCUAGUGCAGAAGUGAAACAGAAGUCCUUGUUGAUUACAUGUUAAAUACACUGAUUGAAUUGAAUCAUUAUUCAUUUGAGUGGUGAAGUUUUGGAGAGGCUAUCUGCAAAUGCCACUACAACUUUACGGAGAUCACACGAUACAUCUUUUACUUAUAGUGAAACAGAUAUAAAUAUCGAUGUCUGAGGCAGGAUAUGUAACUCUUGUUUAUCGAAAGAAUCCCAUGUUGAAAACUUGUGAAAAUAUAUUGUUUUAUUGGCUAAAUGAAAUGAUGAGGGCUCACUUUUGGCUG